AUGGAGAAAUCCAGAAUAAAGCUUGUUCCCAGAUCUCAAUCUCGAGAGAACAAAGGAGACCACAACAAGAGCCAAGCAGUUAACAACACUUUACCAGACGUUUGUGUACAGGCUGUGUUGCUGUCCACCAAUAACCACCUCUUAAACACAAAUCAGAACGUCAACUCAGACAUUGGGACGUCAUCACACCCCGACAUAAAGUGCCCUCUUCCUCAGGAGAGCACCCAGAGCAAUAAAGCCAACGGUGGUGGUGACACCAUCACCUCCUGUUGUUCUAUUGAUAGAGACUCUGGCAAGCCCAAUCAAAACCCAGCUGUCCAUAGGAAGCCUCUCCCCCUCCCUGUACCAUGGAAACCCAGGAAGUCUGCCCUGGUUGGACAGGAAGACCCAGAGGAGGGGAGGGAAGGGAGAGAGACAAUAGUCAGAAAGGUGAAGGGUCACUGGAGAGGAAGAGCAGCCCGUCUCUGUCUGUCAACGCACCUACUGCUCACGCACACAACAUUCCUGUCAGCACCAGUGAAAGCUGGCAGGGUCUUUCAUCGUCCAGGACACCCUGCCCUCCACCUGCACCUGCUCCCUCUUCCAGAAAGAAAGCCUUUCUGUCUGAACCUGAGAAGGGAGCACAGACCUCUGCCACCUCUUCCCAUCCGCACCUCCCUCAGGAUGUAGCGGAGGAGAAUAAGGGAUGGGUGGAUGACUGUGUCUAUGAAAUGGAGUGUUCAGUAGACAAGGAGGUGAUCCAUGGUGUGAUUACCUGUCAUCCUUACUCGACCGGUGUGCCCAACCAGCUGGAGCUCAACUCCAACUGCCACUUGCCUCUCACCGUGGCAACCAGCUGGAGUUCCAAGGAAGAUGGGGUGGCUCAAAGCAAGAUGUCCGCCGUCCCCAAGAAACCACAGAGACACAGCUCGCCGGCAGCAUUGGUACUGGAGAAGGAACUAUCAGAAGAGGGAAAAGGGGAGAGAGGAAAGACCUCAGAUAGUGAUGAUGAUGGAUGUGUACUCGCUAAGGGCGGUCAAGAUGGCAGGGCUCUAAAUGUGAAAGCUAUGAGAGCACUCCCUGCAACCCCAGGGGAGCGACCAGGACCAGGAAGGAGCAUCCUUCAGACGCUGGUAUCACCUGUCUCUCGUAAGAACAGCAUUGGUGAAACACUGACGCUGUCCAAGCUGCCUCGCUCCACCCUGGGGAAACAGAGAGCCAAGUCCUUCUCCUCUGCCGACUUCACCCGCUCCGAGGGACAGAAAUGGAAUUCCUUCCGGAGGCUCCUGGAGCUGAAGCUCUCUGUCAAGAUGCUGCCCGAGCUGCUAGACAAUGGAGGCCAGUCUGUAGACUGCACUGCAGCUGACGCAGAGGCUGAGCAGUGUGUGGAUGGGGGUGGCCAAGAUAUGUGUUUUCAGGAUCACCUGGACGUAUCGGGCGCUCGCAGGUUCUCCUGUCCCCAGCUUGGGGUGAUUGAGGUGGGGGUGGAGCAGAGCGUGGACGAGUUCCAUUACCCCGGAGCGGCGCAGGCUCCAGAGGUGGAGUAUGAGAAUGUGCCUUAUUACGAGGAGUUACCUGAGUAUAUCAGGUGUGUGUUUAGUGUGUGUUUGCGUAUGUGCAUUACUGACUAAUCUACUGUCCUCCCAACAGGAGCUCUAUAGAUGAGGAUGUUGGCCAGAUGGAUGAUGGACAGUCUAAUGAGGAUGAGGACAUCAUGGUUCACAGCUUGGAUGAGGACGAUGACAGUUCCUCCUCCAGCAAAGGAGAACCUGAGCAGCAUGGGGAGAGGGGGGUGAGCUGCUAGAAAAUAGAUAGAAAAUAUGCCACUUAGCAGAUGAUUUGAUGUAAAGUUACUUUCAGUACAGUGAGUGCAUAUCUAGUAUAUGAUCCCUGCGAGAAUGGAACCCACAAUCUUGGUGAAAAUGUAGUGAUUGACUUAGUGUGUACCUGUGUUUGUACUAGGCUGACAGUGGUGCCAAGGAGAGCAAGAUAGUUCACAUUGCCAGGGAGAUCAUGAGCUCCGAGAAUGUAUUUGUCAAUGUCCUGAAGCUUCUCCAUAUUGUAAGUAUUUUGCCAUCUUUGUGCUACAUUUGAAACAAAAAACAACACGUUGAAAGACGUAUCAUACUCUACAGAACUGUGGCUUGUGUUUUACUGUACAUAUUAUGAAAUAUCUAGUGAGAACUCCAGUAUGUACUGUAAGUGAGACUCCUCCAUGUGUGUGUUGAUUAUGCUAACCACUGGGGCACAGUCCACCUGAGGGACUUACAUUGGGUUUCUGGACCGUACACUACUUUCCUAGUUCCUCUCAUCCGCAUGGUUUACAUUUCUGUUGGUUUCCCUUUCAGUAUCUAUCAGUCCUUUUAACUUAAAUGUAUGGUGCUCCACUGACACAUUGAUAUUUCAUGAACGUGGGGGCGCUGAUUUGUUAUGGGGCGUCCCCCCACCCCCAGUAAUUUGAACCCUGGUCCCCCCCUCUCUUCUGUCAGCUGAGCAGUGCAGUAUGACUGUGAACAGAUGUAAACCACAGGAGAUCCCUGCUACAGGGCCUUGGCCCCUUAGAGCCUAUCUGGUACUGUAUGUGUUGUGCUCUGCCCUGUAAGCAGUUGCUGUGCUGUCCGAGUUGUCCCAUAAACCACAAAAAAGCAUCAAACACCUCCACCACCAUCAUCAGAAAGAGAAGCAGAAACAGCUUUCCCUGAGAGCCCCAAGGCUUUCCUCCUCUCAUCCCCUCUUACUCCCCUCCUCUCCUGCUCCACUCUGGGUGUGUGUGUAGGGGGAGGGGGGGGGGCUUUUAAUGUAGGACCGUUUGGUAUAGAGGUCAGAGGUUGAGGAUGGCUCAUUCUUAUGGCUCAGAUCUAAGUGCAUUGAAAUGUUCCAAACUUGGAACAUUUGGUGUGGUGUGCUUGCAGCCUAACACUUUUUACUGUGAAAAAAAAAAGAAAGCUAUACAAAGACAUUGUGUGUCCGUCUGUGUGUUGUGUGUCCUGUGUCUCUCUCUGUCUCUCCCAUUGACCCGUCCACCCGUCCAUCCCUUCUAAUUAGAAUUAGAACCAUAGAAUUAGAAUUAUACAAUUAGAAUUAUAGAAUGAGUCUAUUUCUAUGAUCCGGGCUAUUAUUCUAAACUUUUCUCAUAGGAUUGCUAAUCUAGGAUCAGACCCCCCCCCCCCCCCCUAGAAUCCGCAUAAAGAAAAUAUGUGCAUUUUCCCACCAGUGGUAUGUUUCCACCAAAUGGACUUGUUGCGGAUAAAAAUCAGUGCGUGAUGAUGUAGUGCACAAAAAAAAGUGAUUUGUGUUUCCAUCACAUUUUCAACUCUACCGACAGUUCUGUCACAAAAAUUGUUGCGUUAAAUAGCAAAUGUGCCUACUCUGGUCUUGGCACCUGCGCUCUAGGCAACAGUUCACAGAUACAGUGCGGGUAGGCUGUGCAGGUUGUCUAGUCUACAUGAUCAGAUUAUUAUGGAUAAGAGCGAGAAUAUUUGUAUUUGUCAAACGGCAGUCAAGCAUCGAUCAUUAUGUCACCAGAAUAAGUACCUUGAUAUUUAUUGGAAAGCAGCAUUAAAAUCAUCACCGUGCACUUUCAUCCCCCUGUGAAGUUCAUCAUAACUUAUUUCAUCUGUAGCCUAAUAAACUGCAUGGUUUCCAGAGUCGUAGUGGGAGGACCACACACCAUAUCAUCGCGUGACUCCAAAUUUAAUUUGAUAUGAUGGUUAUUAUGUCAAUAUUUGCGCAUAGGCAUUUCCACCGCCAUUUCCCACAUAAUACAUUUUACAGACACAAAAAGAUCCCACCAUGUCAAACGAACAAAUUAUCUGUCGGCAUUUAUAAAAUUACACCCAAACUUCCUGUUUCUAUCAUAGCUGUCGUGAUUUUUCUAUAUACGAUAUGACUACUCGCAUAAAAACUGUGGAUAGAAACGUGGUUAAUGAGUUAGCCAGCUAACUUGGAUAAAUAACCGGAAAUAACUAUUGAUUUUCUUGUUUAUUAAGAAUGCUAAACUUAUGUGUUUUUGGUUCGUGAGUCAAUCAGACCAUGCCCAUUUCAAGCUUAUCUAUAAAAAAAUUAAAUAAAGGCAUUUCAGAAUAUUUAGGCAAUUUAGCUGGCUAAUUCGUUGAUACUGCUUGGUAGUGUAUACCCCUCUGGACUAAAAGGCAUACUCAAUGGAAAAUGUCUUCAAAAACACAUAGAGAAAUGUAAUAACACUUUGACAGAUCAUUGCACAAUAACACCCAAAAUAACCGCAAAAAACAGUAAACAACUCAACACAUUCACACGGCCAAGUGUUGAAUUUGUCGUACACUGCCAUCUACUGGUACAAUAAGUGCACUGCAAACAGAAUUCUUCACCUAUUCAAGCCAGUCAAAAUAAGAUUUUGAAGUGCGGUCAAAAUCUGAUUUGGUGGCAAAACAAGCUUUAGCAUGAGUGAGGGCUUAUCAUCCCAUGAGCUUAUUGGACUAAAGGACGCACAGCUCUGAACAGUGCCAAAAUGUGAAGAAUGUCUCUCGCCAUAUCACUCUUGUAUAAUUCCACUACACAAGCACAUUUUGGAUGUUGUAUACUAGGAUAUUUGAUUGUUAGAUUAUUCCAGGAAUUUACUACACAAUACAAGACACUUGUAUUGACCUAUUGUACUGCCAAUUGUCUGUUCCUUGUAUUAUAUCAUUGGGUUGAGCAUGUUCCCUGUUCUCUAAAAUGGUGUGUAAUUUCAGACUAGCUGAAGAACCUGUCUCCAGACUCAGCAGAUUACAAAGACACGCAAGGUAUAGCGAAGCACUUGGUUUCAUGGUCAAGGAUAUCCCUGCAUCAUUCUAGAUGCAUUUAUUUUACAUGUACCUCUUAGUAGAGCAAAUGGAAGAGCCGGUUCCAGGCAUAAGUGACAUAAGCAGCUGCUUAGGGCCACCGACCGCUAGGGGGCCCCCGACCCAAUUGUAUUAUUUAAAAAAAAUAGGAACUCAGUCGGGGUCUCAACUUACUAUUGAGAGUAAGAAUACGCAAUUUCGAAAUUUGGUUGUACUUCAGCAGUUUUUCUCUUAUGUCAGUCACUGACAGCCACUCAAUUAGCCAUGUCAGCUAACAAUUUUUAGAUUGGUAGUUAGUCUAGCCAGCUAUCUAAACUUGUAGUAAUCAUGACUGAAUACCGACCGGGCACAUAGGGCACGUGCCCAGGGCCCUGAACUCCAGGAGGCCCUCAUUGAUUUUGUUAAUCAUUUUCACUCAUAUCAUAAUAACAUGGCAUAAGUCCUUACAAAAUGAAUAGAAUUGCAGCAAAUUAGCUGUAAAACUGGAUUUUCUUUUCUCUCUGUCCCAUUGCAAAAUGUGUGGAAUUGCAGAAAACUUGCUUUAAAGGUACAAUGCAGCCGAUUUUAACUCAAUAUCAAAUCAUUUCUGUUUAACAAUUAAGUACCUUACUGUGAUUGUUUUCAAUUAAAAUUGACAAAAAUAAACUUCUUAGCAAAAGUUUUGCUAGGACUGUCUGGGAAUGGUCUGAGUGGGAGGGUAAAACUGAAAAUUAGCUGUUAUUGGCAGAUAUGUUUGAAACUCUCUUUCUUAUUGGUGUAUUUACUAAUUUACUGCAUGGGAAUGUCACUAUGGAAGGCCAAAACUACAUCCCACCAAAAUAGGCUGAAAUUUCAGGCGGUCUUUUCAAACAGCUCUUACACUAAAAGGGCAUUAUCAGCAUUUUCACAAUUUCACAGUAUUUUUAUUCCACCCUCAUUGUAUGUGUAUGUACAGUACCAGUCAAAGGUGUGGACACACCCACUCAUUCAAGGGUUUUUCUUUAUUUUGACUAUUUUCUGCAUUACUGAGUUUGAAGGUAGGCCUUGAAAUACAUCAACAGGUACACCUCCAAUUGACUCAAAUAAUGUCAAUUAGCCUAUCAGAAGCUUCUAAAGCCAUGACAUCAUUUUCUGGAAUUUUCCAAGCUGUUUAAAGGCACAGUCAACUUAUUGUAUGUAAACUUCUGACCCACUGGAAUUGUGAUACAGUGAAUUAGAAGUGAAAUAAUCUGUCUGUAAACAAUUGUUGGAAAAAUGACUUGUGUCAUGCACAAAGUAGAUGUCCUAACCGACUUGCCAAAACUAUAGUUUGUUAACAAGAUAUUUAUGGAGUGGUUGAAAAACGACUUUUAAUGACUCCAACCUAAGUGUAUGUAAACUUCCGACUUCAACUGUAUGUAUGUGUGUGUGUGUGUGUGUGUGUGUGUAUAUGUAUGUAUAUAUAUAUAUAUAUAUAUAUAUAUAUAUAUAUAUAUAUAUAUAUAUAUAUAUAUAUUGCUGAACAAAAAUAUAAACGCAACAAUUUCCAAGAUUUUACUGAGUUACAGUUCAUAGAAGGAAAUCAGUCAAUUGAAAUAGAUUCAUUAGGCCCUAGUCUAUGGAUUUCACAGGACAGGGGUACUACCAUGAGUGGGCCUGGGAGGGCAUAAGCCCACCCACUUGGGAGCCAGGCCCACCCACUCGGGAGCCGGGCCCAGCCAAUCAGAAUGAGUUUUUCCCCCACAAAAGGGCUUUAUUACAGAUAGAAAUACUCCUCAGAUUUUACAGAAAUAGUAGCCUAAUUCUGUAUCUCUAUAUCCACCCACAGCAGCCCUUGGCAUAGUGAAGGAGGUAGCGAACCAUGCCAAUGACAUCAUGAAACAGGGGGUGAGAAGAAUAUAUAUAUUUACCCAUCUCUAAGAUCCGUAGCUUUAAGAGUCUUGCUUGAAUUUUAGAUAAUAAUCUUUCUCUCCUUUAGGAUAACUUCCAGAAACUGAUCCAGGUUCAGUGCCGUCUGAAUGGUCACCAUGAACUCGUCUUGCCUGGGAGGGUGUUCCUGAAAGAGGGUGUUCUGAUGAACCUCUCUAGGAAGGUCAUGCAGCCCAGAAUGUUCUUCCUGGUGAGUAGGAAAUGA